AUGAUGGAUACAGUGCCUCCAUCAUAUCAAUCCGCAACCACCAGAGAUGCUUGGGCUAUAAUAGCUGAGUACAUCCCUUCAAGCGACCUCUGCGCCGCUACCCUAGUUUGUCGGAGAUGGCACCGAGUCUUUCUGCCGUUUCUGUGGGGGAACCCAGCGUCUCACUUUGGCACAGAAAAUGAUGAGGUUUACGUCGCCUUGACAAGGUUCAGGAGAACCCUCAAGUAUGCUCGUCUCGAGGUGCGAAUGCUUACGCAUACUCUUCAUAUGCCCCCAGCGUUGUCGGAAAUAUAUGGCGGUCCACGGCCGGAAUGGUUAAGGGAGAUUUUCGAGUCAUUGCCAUGUCUGCAGUCAUUGGUAGUCUCUGAGUUGCCUUUCUUUGACCAUAGUUCCAUGAUGGCUCUUAGAGGUGCCGUACCUAGCGGAGCUAGCUCGCGAGCCUACAAUAUCCGCCUACUUGUGGCCGAGCGGGAGCCGAAUACAACAUCCCAAGGUAUAGCUGAAACCCUGAUACGGUUUCCGGAGUUGAUAUACCUCGACCUGUCAUAUACGACCUCUGCAAAAGACCAGACGGUUUUGUCUGCACUUUCUCAGCUCGAGCGCUUGCAGGUGCUGAAGCUACGCGGCAUCGGCUUAAGGGACAUCGAUGCAGAGUUUCUGGCAAACGCAAUUGGGCAAAGAGUUCGAUACCUCGAUGUGCGGAACAACAAGUUUACCGACACGGCUGUACGGUCGUUACUUCGCGUUUGCUUCUUGCUGCCCAGCCAUGCUGCGUCCAGACAAGGCCCACUAAGUCGUACGCUCCCUGCAUCAGCAUUCUUAAAUCAAUUCCCCCAUCAGCUUCCAAUCUCCAAAUUCCUCAGUUCGCCCAUGUUGGACGAGGAGUUUCGGAGAGCGUUAACUACUCCUUUGACUGGCCGUUCUUGGGUCGAAGAUCUGCCAAAUGCGGGCAUUACGCACCUUUACAUCGCGGAAAAUCAAAUCACUGUUGAUGGUGUAGCGAGUCUUUUGGCGACAGCCCAGUUUCAUGUACUUGAUGUUGGGACUGUUGAGACAAACGCACAUGUCAACCGCGGAACAGCAUCCCAAAUUCCCGAACAGCAAGCUUACCCCAGUGCUGAACAGCUGAUACCUAUUCUGGGAACGCGUGCAAAAGAAAAGCUGACCUACUUUCGAGCACACCAUUCUAUCUGUACGUCCACUGCUCCACAUGAGAGAUCUCAACCUCCCGAAGACUUCCUACCCGAACUUCCAGCAGAAAAUAGAACGGAAGGGUUUAGUGAACUAGACACGGCGUCCACAGAGAUACAUGAGCUGCCGGCGGACACGAAUCCGGUAUUUGAACUCCCAGGAAGCGCACCAGUUCCCCAGUCACCGAAAAAGCCCGACAGUCAUGAUAAGAACAAAAAGCCACUAAUCCCAAGACGAGGGUCAAUUUAUGCGCCUGAAGUGCUAUCUGAAGCCAACGAUGUUACGAAUUCUGAGGACACAGCUUUAGACCCGUUGAAAUCUCGCCAUGUGUAUUCGAGCUCACCAAUCUUGUGCAGCUCACCAGUGUCCUUUGAAGAUUCAAGAGCUCGAAAAAUUCAAGAGCUACUUGCGAAACGAGCCAAGGCCCAGCAACCUCGACGAGACGGCCGGGAAAGCUAUAUCCAUUAUCUUCACCCCUUUCACGUCCCUAACUUAGAGGUUCUCGUGCUGACGGACGUCCCGUCUCACGUUCCUGCUGACUCACCGAUAUUGGAGUCAUUGAUCCAAUUCAUUACAGCAUGCUCGAAUGAAGCGUUACUAGCGACUCUCAAAGCAGGCACAGACUACUCCCUGCCUCCUGGACAAGAUAGGGCAAGAGCUGAACAGGAGCGGGCAAAAUCGCUCUUCUCCCUACGCCGAUUGGUUCUCGAAAUUACACCCGUGACUAACUCACGGCUCCCAUUGAAUCCGACAGCUUGGAAAUCCGUUAGUUCCCAGCUAGGGCACCAGAAGUCAACUACUGGUGACUGGGAUUUAGAGCGGCUAUGGUCCGCGGCAUCAGACGAUUUCAGUUUCUUUGGCGAAACCGAGUGCGGAAUUCCCGAAUUUGCUCAAUCGCGACCUUUUCCUAUAGCUGCGCUUAACGAGACGGUUACACUCACACCAGACACAGACAGAAACAUUUCAGAAAUGGCAGCCUCAUUCCCCACAAAACUAUCUUUACAAUCCAGAACGGGCUUGCCGGCGAAUAAGAGCUCCCAUGCCCCGACUAGUAAUCGUUCAUUCACACCUGCAGCUGCCCCAGUUGUCGAUCUCGUGGCUGAACUGGCUUCUUUCCGGCGCAGAAUGAAACACCAGUAUGAGCAAACCGUACGGGAAAACUAUCAGCGACGGAGUAUGAGCGAAGCCCUAUCGCCCCAGUCCUGUUACACCGCAGGCCCAGGCAGCAGCACCCUAUCACCCAUUCAGCGGGCGACGAGUCCCGCGCCCGGACCUGUUACAUCAAUAGCCCACCAUGUUGAGGGCCACUGGAAAGGAGAGGUGAAAAUUGUGCGGAAUGCGACACCGAAAGGGCGAACAGGGAUGGUUGAUAUGUAUGGGAACUAUUUCGAGAAGGGGUAUUUGUACCCUUGA